CUUGUACGCAAAUAACAUGGUGACAUUCCGACGACUGUACAGUUAGAUCAAACUGCUUGAAGAUUGUGCUUGAUGUUGAACUCGGCCUGUACUAUCAAGACCUCACGAUGCCAAAUCUAAACAAACUUAAUCUGUGAUCAGUGUAUGACAGAGCACUUAUGUGCACCGAAUUAGGUUACAACUAUACAUAGAUUGUCAUUAUCAGGUUCCUCAGUGUAACGAGACACCACGCGAUGGCUGGGGCUGACACCUUGAUUUUCUUUGUCAAUGGAAGAAAGAUAGAAGAGAAGGAUCCGGAACCCCUCACCAGUCUCUUGGAUUAUCUACGCUACACGUUGCGCCUGACCGGAAGUAAGGCUGGGUGUAAAGAAGGAGGAUGCGGCGCCUGUACCGUCAUGGUGUCGGAAUACGACAAAACUUCAGAAAAAAUCAGACAUUAUUCUGCCAAUGCCUGUAUUCUGCCGCUAUGCUGCCUACAUGGUCUGGCUGUCACUACAGUAGAGGGUAUAGGCAGCACCAAGACCAGGCUACACCCAGUACAGGAAAGGAUAGCGGAGGCUCACGGCUCCCAGUGUGGAUUCUGUACUCCGGGUAUGGUCAUGUCCAUGUACGCGCUCCUCAGGAACAACCCUCAGCCAACUGAAGAUCAAAUUCGAACCUUUUUAGACGGGAAUCUGUGUCGCUGCACUGGGUACAGACCAAUACUGGAUGGUUUCAAUACCUUUUCAAAGGGCGUCUGUGGCAAGGGAGAAGAAUGCUGUCGGAACUCAAUCUACAACAACGUCGCCAUUGGGCCGGUGUCUGCACAAUACACCACUGCCACCAAGGGAACAUAUCAUCCGCCCUAUGACCAAACGCAAGAACCUAUCUUCCCACCAGAGUUAAAGAACAAUUGGAGCAAGUACCAGGAGACGCCACUUGUGUUCAAGAACGAGCGGGUCACGUGGUACAGACCAACGACCUUGACCGAGCUGCUUGACUUGAAAACCCGACAUCCUGGUUCAAAGAUAAUCCGAGGAAACACAGAAAUAGCUAUUGAAACUCGCUUCAAAGGUCAGAGCUAUCCUGUUCAGAUAGAUGUCACCAAGGUGCCUGAGCUCAACCAGAUCACCAAGGCCCCCUCGGGCAUCACGUUUGGGUCUGCAGUCACCUUGACCGAUAUCAAAGAUACAUUAGAGACUGCAGUCAAAGAUAUGCCAGAGGCGACAACACGUGUGUUCCGUGGUUUUCUGGACGUUAUCCGAUGGUUCGCCAGUACACAGAUCAGGAACGUGGCUUCUAUCGCUGGUAACAUCAUGACGGCCAGUCCAGUGUCAGAUCUCAAUCCUCUCCUCAUGGCUGCAGGUGCCACCGUCCAGGUUACCAGGAAAGGUGGUGCUGUGCGCGGGAUGAAGGUUGACAGUAACUUCUUCACCAAGUACCGAACCACGUGUCUCGCACCAGAGGACGUCCUCCUGUCUGUAGAAAUCCCUGCGUCAAACAAGAACGAAUUUUUCCAAAGUUUCAAACAAGGGCCACGAAAGGAAGACAGCAUCUCCAUAGUGAACGCUGGUAUGAGGGUUCUGUUUGAGAAAGACUCGGAUAUAAUCAAAGAAAUACACCUAGCCUAUGGCGGUAUGGCACCAACAACCGUCAUGGCGACCAGAACUAUGACCUCUUUGGUUGGAAGUCGUUGGCAGAACGAUCUGGUAACCAAGGCAACCUCCCUGCUGGCUGAGGAACUGCAGCUGGAACCGGGGGUUCCUGGAGGGAUGUGUGAAUACAGACAAUCACUUACAACCAGCUUCUUCUUUAAGUUCUACCUGUCUGUACAACUUGCUUUGUGUCAUCAGAUCGGAGUGUCAAAGACAAAGGUUCCGAUGUCUUACCGAAGUGCUGUGCCUGACAUCAACUGCCCACAUCCAACCACCAGUCACGUGUAUGAUGACGUCAGUUCCGGUCAGCCACCAGACGACACUGCGGGGAGGUCACUGCUCCAUGAGUCUGGACUGCAACACGCUACAGGCGAGGCUGUGUAUCUGGACGACAUGGCAGCCAGAGAAGGAGAAUUAUUUAUGGCACUGGUGCUGAGUGAGAGACCACACGCUCGCCUUGUCAGUGUUGACGCUACGGAGGCGCUCACUCUGUCUGGGGUGGUGGACUUCAUCACGCACAAAGACAUCCCAGGAGAGACAACCUGGGGACAGCCGGAAUCCGAAGAGGAGGUGUUUGCUUCGGACAAGGUGCUGUGUCGGGGCCAAACAAUCGGCGCCAUUGUUGCAGAGAGUAGACGGGUCGCAGAACAUGCUGCUACCAAGGUCAAGGUCAUUUAUGAAGAUCUGAAACCAAUUUUUACGAUACAGGAAGCCAUCGAAAACGUCUCCUUCCACGGAGAACCCCAGACUCUGACCAGUGGCGACACCGAGUCUGCCUUCAACACCUGCGACCACGUGCUGGAGGGGGAGGCUCGGACCGGGGCCCAGGAACACUUCUACCUGGAGACAAUGGGCAGCCUGGUCAUCCCGGGGGCGGAGGAUGGGAAGAUGGAGGUCUAUACCGGCACACAGAAUCCAACAUUGACACAGGACUCAAUCUGCAGGACCUUGGCGCUCACCUCAAACAAAGUUGUCGUCAAGGUCAAGCGAACGGGUGGCGCGUUUGGCGGCAAACAGUCCCGAAACCUGCUCAGUGCCCUCCCAGCAGCAGUGGCUGCACACAAACUAGGGAGGCCAGUGCGAUGUGUUCUAGGCAGACAGCUGGACAUGGCCACUACUGGGACUCGGAACCCGACCUGGGCACAUUACAAGGUCGGCUUCAACAAGGACGGCAAAAUCAUCGCCUACACUGUUAACGUCUACGCUAACGGUGGGAUGUCUGUCAGCCAAUCACGGGCGGUUGUAAGUAAAAUAAUUUUCCAAAUCGACGGAAUGUACAACAUCCCAAAUAUGAUCUGCAUAGGUCACUCAUGCAAGACCAAUCUACCCUCAACUACAGCAUUCCGGGGGUUCGGGGUACCCCAGGCCACCCUGAUCACCGAACAGAUGAUACAACAUGUCGCUGACAUCCUACAGAUGGCCCCCGAACAGAUUCGCGUUCUCAAUAUGUACAACGUUGGUGAUGUCACACAUUUUAAGCAAGAGCUUUCCUCCUGUAGUGGUCGAAGUUGUUGGGAUGAAUGCUUGACCAAUUCACAAUUUGAAAAGCGCCGCCGGGAGGUGGAUGUCUUCAACAGUGAGAACCGAUGGAAGAAAAGAGGUCUUUCAAUGAUACCUGCGAAAUUCAGUGCUUGCUUUGCUGCAACUGCUAAACAGUUAAACCAGGCCAGUGCCCUUGUUCACAUCUACCUGGACGGCUCUGUCCUCAUCGCACACGGAGGAGUAGAGAUGGGACAGGGCAUCCACACCAAGAUGAUACAGAUCGCCAGUCGAGAGUUGCGUAUAUCCCCUUCCUUCAUCCACGUUGAAGCCUGCAGCACAGACAAGAUCAACAAUGCCUCGUUAAGUGCUGGCUCAGCCACUGCAGACAUCAAUGGAGUCGCUGUGCAGGAUGCUUGUCACCUACUCUUCAACCGCCUUAAGCCUUACAUGAAACCCAAGGGAACAUGGAAGGAUUGGGUUAAUGCCGCCUACAUGGACCGAGUCCAACUGAUGGCGACAGGAUUUUUCAAGAUGGAUGGUCUCCACUACAACGCCACUAGCUCCAACAACGUCAUGUACAACUACUUCGUGUACGGCGCCGCCUGCUCGGAGGUCGAGAUUGACUGUUUGACCGGCGAGCAUCACAUGAUCAGGUCUGACCUUGUUGUGGAUGCCGGUGAGAGUCUGAACCCCACAGUGGACAUCGGUCAGAUUGAGGGUGCAUUUAUUCAGGGCUACGGUCUAUACGUCCUCGAGGACUACCAGGUCAGCCCCGACGGGGUGCUGCUCACCCAGGGGCCCGGCACCUACAAGAUACCUUCCAUCGGUAACAUACCCUCUCAGAUGAACGUACACCUGCUCAGAAACAGCUACAAUAUAUAUGCUAUAUAUGGCUCCAAGGGUGUUGGUGAGGCGUCAUAUGGCCUCGCUCUCUCCGUGUUCUUCGCCAUUGCUGACGCCGUCAAAUCAUCCAGGGCAGAUGCAGGCUGCACAGACCGGUUCCAACUGGACUGUCCCGCUACUCCAGAAACAGUCAGAAUGGCUUGUCAGGACCAGUUUACCAAAAAGGUAAAACCCACACCAGAGGGAGACUUCAAGCCAUGGACCGUACGAUUGUCUUAGGCAUCCUUGGGGUCCAUCGUUUUCAUGUUCAAUUCAUAAAAAGAUUGCCUAAAUGAUGUUCUGUAACCAGGAAGUAGACACGUGACAGGCUUAAUUUACGCUUAUACUGGCACGAAAAGUAGAGCGGGAUGUACAGCUCCUGAGAAGUGUCUUUUUGUUGCUUUGUUACCUGAUAUACCGCAAUUGUUUUGGUUUUUACACAAGAGUUCUUACCAAAUAUAUCAUGGCUACAGAAUCUUUCUCAAUAUGUUAUGAUUGAUGUACAUUGAGUUGAGGGUCAGUUAAGUCAAAUCCUUUUUCCGUUAUUACUUUUAACUGAGAAUAUCUAAAUGUCAAACAGAGCUUCAAGAUUGAUCAAAUUUCCCCCAUAACACUGCGUUCGCGUUAAUAUAUCGCAAAUAUAUCAUGCCUACAGAAUCUUUCUCAAUAUGUUUUGAUCCACGCGACUGGGAUACGAUUACACGCAUCAACUAAGUCGGCGAGCCUGACCCAAUCCCGUUAGUCGCCUCUUACGACAAGCAUAGUCGCCUUUUACGGCAAGAAUUGGUUGCUGAAGACCUAUUCUACCCCGGGUCUUAUAUUUAUGAAUGUAGUUUAGACGUUGCACGGCAUGUGUAUGCACAGCUUCAAUACGACAAGCAUGGGUUGCUGAAGACGAUUUUCAACCGGAUCUUCAAUCGUUUUAAAGGGGCGGUCGGGUAGCCUAGUGGUUAAAGCGAUCGCUCGUCACGCCGAAGACCCGGGUUUGAUUCCCGACAUGGGUACAAUGUCUGAAGCCCAUUUCUGGUGUCCCCCGCCAUGAUAUUGCUGGAAUAUUGCUAAAACGGCGUAAAACCAUACUCAUUCAAUCAAUCGUUUUGAACAAAAACUAGUGGAUGACAACAAUCUGUUGUGAACAUCAAUAUUAUAGAUCAAAAAGUAAAAUUAUGAUAAAAGUUUAAUAUUAAUUUGACAAACGAUUUAAUUUCAAAGCAUGUGUCAUAGGUAUUGCUUCACAGACCCUUUAUAUAGCAUUAUGUUUAUGUACAUAACCCUGGAUAUUUAUACGGUUCAACGGCUCAAGCAGUAAUUCUCCCGAUUAAGAACAUGUACGCGUCAAACAGGGAUACAAACACCAG